AUGCUACCCGACGGUGCCCCACCGCUAUACGGCGAGAUUUUUCUCAUGGCUCAAGCGGGCCAAAGGUUACAAAUUCAGAAGCAGCUGACAAUUGGUUUUGAGAGAGGUGCAGUGUCGCAAAGCAAGCUUGACGACCUUAUUCUGACAUUCGUUGUGGACACGUCACAAGCAUUUUCAGUUGUUGAAGCACCGAGCUUUGUGAAAAUGGUGAAAUCGCUGGCGCCGAAGUGCAGCGUUUUGACUCGAAGAAUGCUUAUGACGCGAAUGGAGGCCAGCUGUGACGCAAUGAAGCUGCGGCUCAAGGCAACUUUGGGAGAUGUGACAUACGUGACGGUGACAGCGGACUGCUGGACGACCUUUCGACGGAGCUACCUGGCGGCUACCGUUUCCUGGCUUGAGCCCUCCCUCAGCAGGAAAUCCGCCGUUCUCCUCUGCCGUCGCAUGACUGGACGAGUCACCUAUGACAAAAUUGCAGACACCCUCCAGAAAUCCUUUGACGACUACGGUCUGCGAGGAAAGGUUACGAAGGUGAUAACGGACAACGGUGCAAACUUCGUCAAAGCCUUCAGACUUUUUGGCGAAAAGGAUGUCGAAGACGCGCAUCACGACGAAGAUGACGACGCCUUCACCGAGGCCGUGGAGGUGGCGCCUUUGCUAAACAACGUACCCGCAGGCGAGGCCCGCCUUCCUCCUCAUCAUCGGUGCUCUGCACACCUUGAACUUGGUAGCGACGGCGGAUGCGUCGGAGGCUGA